GACUGGUGGCUGGGAGACUGCAGAAAUGGGGGUGUGGAAAAGAAKGAAAUCAGGUUUUGCAAAUCAAAACCAACCCAGGCCCCAGAUCCAAAGAAGUGGAGGAGGAAGCAAACUCUAAACUUUUGUAAGCAGCAAAAUCAGCAGAAAAAAUACUUUUMAUUUUCUGCUUUAAGUACUGGGGCUGUAGAAGAGCAUGAAUGAAAAAGUGAACUGCACAGAGACUUGGUGAUGCCCCUCUCUGAAGAGGAAAUCUGAAYAAAUGAAGUAAACCAAGGCCACAGCUUGGACCCUGGUGGGGGAAGGAAUCAACAGAAGAUGGACAAGUUUCGUAUGAUCUUCCAGUUCUUCCAGUCCAACCAGGAGUCUUUCAUGAAUGGCAUCUGUGGGAUCAUGGCCCUUGCCAGCACCCAGAUGUACUCAGCCUUUGAUUUCAACUGYCCCUGCCUGCCACACUACAACCUGGCUUAUGGGCUGGGCAUCCUCCUGGUGCCCCCCUUCAUCUUGUUCCUGCUGGGCUUUGUGCUCAACAACAACAUCUCCAUGCUGGCAGAGGAGUGGCGGCGGCCGCAGGGCCAGCGGGGGAAGGACCCGGCCGUCCUGCGCUACAUGUUCUGCUCCAUGGCACAGCGGGCCAUGAUCGCCCCCGCCGUCUGGGUGUCGGUGACACUGCUGGAUGGCAAGUGCAUCACCUGUGCCUUCUGCACCUCGGUGCCCGUGGAGACCCUGGGCAAUGCCAGCCACCCCCGCCUGUCCCAGCGGGAGAUACAGCGGGUCCUCGCCCGAAUCCCCUGCAGGGACAUCUACAAUGGGCAGGAGCUCAUUGCCAACGAAGUGGCCGUCAGGUACCUGCGCUGCAUCUCACAGGCUCUGGGCUGGUGCUUUGUGCUGCUGAUGACCAUGCUGGCUUUCUUGGUCAGAUCCCUUCGGCCCUGCUUCAGCCAGGCUGCCUUCCUCAAGAGCAGAUACUGGUCCCACUACAUCGACAUCGAGCGCAAGCUGUUCGACGAGACGUGUGCGGAGCACGCCAGGAGCUUCGCCAAGGUCUGCAUCCAGCAGUUCUUUGAGAGCAUGAGUGCAGACCUGGUGGCCACUCGCUGCCACCUGCCCAGGAAAGCCCCUGCAGAUGCCGGGGAAGCUGCUGAGAAGCUCUUGGGCAUCACCGACCGGGGCACCAUGAACAUGGCCCUGAAGAGCUGGCACAGAUGCAAGCCCCCACUGAACCUCCACCCAGCUGCCCUCCCCACUGGCAAUGGCUGGGCAGGAGAAGGGCAGCCCCCCACACACCCCUCUGYGCCCCGAAGAGAGACAGCUGCCUACUACAGCUGUGUGUGAGGGGCCAUGGCUGUGCAGAGGCAGRAUCUUUCUGUGAGAUGCUGCAGAGAGGGCAGGAAGAACCAGGCACCAGCAAGGGCCAGUGCCACUGUGGCUUCAGGGGAACGGGCACCCAAUGGGCUCAGUGGUGCUGGUGUGACCCCAUCUGCUCUCACAUCCAGUCCUACAGCAUCAGUAAUUCAGGUAACGAGUUUUGGGCCAGGAGGGACAAUUAUUCAAGGCCAUGAUGGACAAGCCCCAGGGAUACUGAAAGGUGCAACGUGGCAACCAGGGGUGUCGUGUGUCCCACACCACCGAGCACCAGUGUUGUGGCAAUUGCCAAGACAGACACUAUCAGAUGUGCAAAACUUCCUCUCUUUUACAUGCUCAGCUCUGAGCAGUGCAUUUGGGUUUAGGCAGUAUUAAAAAUCCUAUGGUGGGGUARCAAGCUGGGGGUGCCUCUUUCUCCUGCCAAGUUGUGAAACCCUAAAAGAUCCCAUUACCCCUCCACACACUACAUCCCCACAGACAUACAGCUUCCAAGCCAAGAAAAGCUUUAAAACAAAUUUGACCAAAGCACUAGGCUGGUUAAGGGAUAUCCCAUAUCACACUACAUGUGAC